GUAUCGGCUUGAGCUGGCUGAAUUGUUUGCAUAGGCCCCAGACCAGGAAGAGAAUUUGAGUACACGGCUCUGGGCUUCGCUAACCUCGGAGCCUCGUUAGUCUCACCAUUUUUCACAGAUAAUGAACUGGCAAGUUUUUGGCCUGUGCUGUCAAGUUUCACUGUUUAUACAUAGAUACCUUAAGUAAGUGUAUACUGUGGUAGGCCCGUCAUGGACAAAGAGAGCAUACCUCGCUACUUCAUGGCGGCAGUUUGCUGACAAUUGUCACAUGGCGCAUGAUCAGCGCCGGCAAACGCGGAGAAGCCUCCAUCACUUCACGACCUUCAUGAAAAUGCCAAAAUCGUAAGCCUGGUUUAUGAAGUGAGGUAAGUGCUGGUGGUCUAAGAACAGGAAGGAAAUAAUCGUUAAAUAAGAAGUGAUAUCUACUUCACUGAGGAAGCCUCCUGGAGAAAUGAAAUACGGGGGUUCUUAUCUUAUCGAUGCCGAGAACAGAGGCGCGAGACAUUUAUUGACUGCCGAUCUGAGCGAGGCUCGGAGCUCACUUGUCAGCCAACGCACCGACGUGACCUCCUCCUCCUGCCCACAACCUUUCCACUGAUGUGACUCCUCCUUUGUGAAAAGGCUGACACGCCUGUCUUCUAUAUUGCUAUACAGCAUGUCUGGAAUGAAGUUGACUGCAACUGAUACUACCACUGCUACAUGAACGAGAAUAUAUGAGUGCAUGAUUAUGCUAUCUCUCCAACUGUCCUCCGUCCAGAAAUACACCUUCACGAAACAAAUGUCUCCUCCGGACAGCCGGCCCCCCUUCCCAACCUACCUCCUCCCCAGCUUCAACUUUCCCUUCCGCCGCCGACAAUCCUCCACAACAUCCACCGCCUCAUUCUCGACCUCUCCCCCAAGUCUAAGCUAUAGUCCAGCCUCAUCCGCAAACACAUCUCCCAGCUCGUCCCCACCAACCACCCACCUCCUCCCGAAUGAGAUCCUCCAUUCCGCCCUUCAAAAUAUACCUAAGAAUAAGAAAUUACCAGCCCACCCUCGCGAAAGAGAAGUCCGUCUACACCGUGCCCAGCCCAAUACCUUGAAAUGCGUUUCCUGCUCUAGUGAUAUCGCGUUCGCGGAUCAGAUCGUCAGUAAGGGCUUCACCGGGCGUCACGGACGCGCAUAUCUCGUCUCCGUGCCUACCCAACCAAGAAAGAACACGGAGAAAGAGAAGAACGCUGUCAUGUUACCGAAUACGAAAAUCGGCAGGUCAGUCAAUAGAGAGUUAUUGACUGGGCAACAUGUCGUGGCGGAUGUGAGUUGUGUUAUAUGUAGUGCGGUCCUGGGCUGGAAAUACCUGGAUGCGAAAGAGCCGGCGCAGAAAUAUAAGAUUGGAAAGUACAUAUUAGAGAUGAAGAGGGUUGUGCUGGCGGUUGGAUGGGAGGAUGGAGUUGAGGAUGGGGAGGAGGUGGGGAUUGCGGUUGGUGGUGCUGGUCGGCCAGAGGAGGAAGAGGAGGACGAUGUUGUGGUCGUUUUCGAUAGCGAGGAUGAGGAUGAGUGCGAGGAUUUAUUUGCGGGCACUUGGGAUCCAGAGGUGGUGGCUAAGAGGCGGGGGAAGAGGAGCUGGUCAAGGAAGAAGAACAGUGUCGAGGUUUGAGGUUACGACAGGCGCCAACAAUCAGCAAGAGCACUGGGCUGAAGGGUGGAGGUAAUAUUAAUAGGGGCCUACAAGUCUGCCAGUAAGCAAGACUUCAGUAACUUGACAUCGAGAGUUGGUAUAGGCAUGGAGCAAGGGAACUCUCAUCACGGACAAGUAAUUUGGUAUUUCAUGAUCAUGAAUUGGAGGCGCGGGCGUUAUUUGCUUUACUAUGCCGGCAUGUCUCACGCCGGCAUGUCUCACGCCGGCAUGUCUCACGGCUUAGAACCCUCAAACCUGGUACCACAAGUAUCAUAGCUAAAUUUGUUUUGCUUUACUUCUGGCGUUAAUAUACCCCUCUCAAAUAGCAUGGCCGUACAUUAAUGCAAUAGACAUCUCUUAUAUUCAAGUUUCGAUUUGUCAAGUAUAUGAUUCUUCGAGUCUCUCGUAGAUCCUUCUAUGUAUCAAC